AUGGCUUUCCUCAAACAAACUAUCCUGGCAGCCUUAGCAACAACACCUUCACUCCACCAAAGCACCAACGGCUACUACCGCUCACGCCCCGACCUCGCACCACCUCAAUUAAAUAUCACCAUCCCCGCCGCAAACCCUAAUGGCUCCGAAUAUGUCUUCAUCGCCCCUUUCCCUUUCCCUAUGGGCGGGACCCUCGAACGGCCCGGUCCGUACAUCUACCGCAAAGACGGCGACUUAGUGUGGGCCGGAACAGGGUACUACGGCGACGGCGCGGGUGAUUUCCAUCCUACCACCUACCAGGGGAAACCUGUUCUCCAGGCAUUCCAGGGUAUUGUGGAUGCUGCCCAUGGGGUAGGGUUUGGUCAGCAUGUCCUGCUGGAUCAGUGUUAUCAGCAUGUUGUCACCUCGACUGCUGGGAAUCAUCGUAUUUCGUCGCUUCAUGAGUUCAAUGUUAUCCGGGGAGAGACGGCUUUGAUUGAGGUAUUUUAUACGACUCCGGCAAAUUUGUCGGCUUAUGGUGGGAAUUCUUCGCAGCAGUGGUUGGGGAAUGGGAAUUUUCAAGAAAGCACGGUGCCACUAGGUUCUACAAAUAUCAAUAGCGGACUGUCUCGCGCCGAAGCAUGGGAUUACUUCCACAUCAACAGCCUUGACAAAAACGAAGAAGGCGACUACCUGCUCUCGUCACGAAACACGAACACGAUAUUCAAGAUCAGCAGCACAGACGGCUCAAUCAUCUGGCGACUCGGCGGCAAGUACCCUACCUUCUCACAAAUCGGCAACUGGACGUUCGGAGACCAACACGAUGCCCGGUGGCAACCGCAACUAAGCCAGCCGGGUACUGAGGUGAUCUCGUUCCUCGACAACUUCGGUGACGGCACCACCACAUUCAACGACGUGUCUCGGGCAUUGGUUGUCCAGAUAAACCACACGGAUAGCACGGCGACGGUUCUCCGGAAGGCAACGGCACCGUACAAUCUCCAGGCACUAUUGCAGGGAAAUGCGCAGAUGCUUUCUGACGACCGAAUCUUUGUCAACUGGGGAUCGGAGGGUGCUUUCACGGAGUUCGGUGCUGAUAAUGAGAUUCUGUACCAUGCGUUUAUUCAGACGGGGUCGGUCAGCUAUCGUGGCUUCUUGUCGAAUUGGACUGCUGCGCCGAAGGAAUGUCCGGCGCUGGUUGCUCUGAAAACUGCUUCUGAUCUUGUUGAGCUCUAUGUGUCUUGGAAUGGGGAUACAGAGACUUCGACUUGGAGAUUCUUUUAUGUCAACGGGCAGAGAAAGACGCGAAUUGGCCAUGUGGAUAGAGUGUCCUUUGAGAGCUCGUUUACUUGGAAAUCGCCUUUUACGCUGCCUUCCUCUGCUAGAUUUGUUGCCGAGGCUGUUGGCGCGAAUGGGGAGUGUCUUGCGCAGACGAGUUUGACCGCUAUCACUGCCAACAUUGAGUUGCCGGUGUGA